ACGCCCAGUAGCAAUAGGGCACCGUGCCGGCAGAGGGCGCCCCCAGCUGUCCCGGCGCCGAGGAGGGGGUCGCGGUCCGGGAAUCCUCUGCAGCGGCCGGGCGCUCUGUCGGAACCCUACCCUGCUCACACUUCCUUCUAGUCGGGAUGCCCGGAGAGGUUAGGACUUGGGGACUGGGAAGAGGGGAGUUGCUCUCGUGUCCCCACCCCACGCCUCUCGGUCAAUGGGAUUCCAUCCCUAUCCCCCCCAUCGUAAGGACAGCGGGUGAGGGCGACAGCCUGGCGACCUGAUGGGAGCUGGCAGACCCUAAGAAAGCCUUCCCUCUGGAGGGAGGGACAGAAAAAAUCGCGGUAGGACCCGACUCCCGGGGGCAGACAAGGGAGCAGGCGGACUUGCAGAGGCGCCCCUGGCCCCCGGGGAGGGGCGGGAGCCACAGCUGCGGGAAGAAGGAGCUGCCUCUGAGCCCACCGAGGAUCAGUUUUCACUUUUAAGAUCGGGAAACUGAGGCCUACAACCAAGCCCUCAGACGCCAAUGACAGCCAAGUCCCCUAAUUUAACAUCGUCUGCCCUGUCUCAGUGCCCUAAUGUGCAGAGCCCAGGAAGAUAUGGGCACCAGACUCCCGCCCAGCGGGUGGAGCCUGCCCUCCCGGGCGAGCGCGUGGGAGGUAAAGGGAAGGAGCCCUUCGCCACAUCGCGCCAGAAUCUCGAGAAUGUGGGGGCCGGAUUCCAAGCAGUCUCCGCGCUGUGUCCAAAAGGGGUCCUAUGGAUGCUCUCUCCUCGGCCACUUCGCAACAAGCCUGUCAUUUCUGAACUCCUCCAGGAUGCAGGAAGCACACAGCGCAGGUUCAGAGGGAGUGGCGUCACGGCCCCCUGGAGCGGAGCGGGCGGGGGACGAGGGCGUGGUGGGAGCCAGAGCACGCCCCCAACCACGCCUGCCGACAGCCGGGCUCCGCCAAUGCAGCCAUCCCCCGAGGAGUUCGCUGCCAACGCUGAGCUGGCUGUGUGCCCCAGAGAACUUGCCCAUGCAAACCCUCAAAGUCCACAGAUGGCCGCUGCUCGUGAGUCCCAAGACAGCCCUCAGAGCCCGCUGCUGGCCUCACCGUGUCUUUCGUGCCAGCUCCGUCCCCUGCUGCCCCUUGCCCAUCAUCUUCGUGGAAGCAAGAAAAGGGCUGUGCAACGCCUUCCCGCAUCCCCACAGCUGUCAACGCAAUUUCCUCUCCUGAGCACGCUCGCUGCCAUGGGCGGCACUAAACACAAGGUGGCGCCAAGGAGGCCACACAUUUCCCACCUGGGCCAAACCCCAGGGACUCCUGUGCCAGCCAGACUGCCUUGAUCUUUUCUAUAAAAAUAAAAGCUGGUCGUUGGGCAGCCAUC